AUGGACGAAAUUAGAAUCUCACCAACUGUAGUCUAUUAUGUUCAUACAAAAUUGUUUCGAAGAAAAUUACGCCAACAUCAAAGCCCACGACAACCACUAGUAGCGCCAACAACAAAAGCAGCACAACCCAAGAAAAGUUUAUCAAAAUCAAAAGCUGCAAAGGAAUCAUACGCAAAAUCACCAAAUGCAAAAUUUGGUCCAAGAAAGAAAACUGAUUACAUAAAACCAACAACUCCUGUGUAUCCAAUUGUUCAAACAACAGCAGCUGCAAACGAUCCUACCCUCGUGAAACUUGUCACCUUGUCGCAUCCCGAAUCUUUAGCAUAUCCGUUAGAUACAAAUGCAACUUCAGGUGGAAACUCUAACAUGACGUUACAACAAGGUGGAGCAACUCCCCCCGCAGAGAAUACAGGAUUUGCGGGAUUGAAUACCAACGUCAUUACACGUGGGCAAAAGCCAGUAAACAGAAGAUUACGAACAACAACUGUAAGACCAACUCCUGAUCCUGAUCUUUUGGCUGAUAUAAAUGAGGCGAGAGUCAUGCAAGGUUUGCCAGAGGUUCAAGCUCACCAAGUUGACUUACAAGGAAAUCUUUUGCCCUUUUAUCAACGUCAGAUGAGAAUUGGAAGACUUCCUGCUCGGCCACACCCUCUACAUAAUCCUGGUGGAAUUCAUCAUCAACUUCAGCAUCAACACGAAGUACCUCAUUAUCAUCCAGAGCAAGGGUUAGGGGCUGGUUUUAACAGCUUUCAACAAUUGUUUUAUCCCCAACAUACUAACAACGGUGCUGUUAUGAAUUAUGAACCAUUUCCGCGACCAAACAUUCCUGUACCCACAACUGCAGCACCGAAUUCACAUGCAGCUGAUCCUGUGAGAAAUACAGGGAUUGUGGCGCCUCUCCAAAUGGUAGAUGCCGGGCCGUUGAAUCCUUUAGCGCAUUUCUAUU